CUGAACCGAACAUAAACCAGCAACUAGGCGGGAUUAUUUAUUGAGGUUUCCCCUACCCCCUCUGCCCCUCUUUCCUUCCUCAACUCUGGGGAAGCCGGCCCGUUGUGGAGUCGGACCAGCCACCCCACCUGCCCACCGCGGUCCUAACCAGUGGGGACCCUUUAUGGGAGUUUAAGUGUUCAAACCGGUCAAUUGUCAUCUGACUACCAAACCUCCAACUUUAUGAUACCACACCCCUUACAUAGAAUACCUAUCCCCCCCUUCCCCCCCCAAAAAUAAAUAAAAAUCAAGGCCGUCAUCUAGAAAAGAUGGGCGACAUUGCAGCGAAAAAACUAGAUCACGAGAGUCAUCUCCUCCUCGACCAACCUCUCCUCCGGCUGCCCACCGAGCUGCUGCGGAAGAACUUCCGCUCCGCCCACUUCGAGGUCGAGAAGGAUGGCACGUACGUGAAGAACACGCUGAAGGAGACGGCGACGGCGUGCGUGAACGGCGGUGCCUCCCAGGCCGACGUGCUCCGGAACCUCGACACGAUGAUCGCGCGGGCGCGCGGCGUCAAGCGCAAGCUGAUCGCCUUCGCCGACGAGGAGCAGCGGCUCCACCGCCACGAGGAGGCCCGCCUCCGCCACCUCAACGAGCUCUACUCCAUGCACAGCGUCGACGACGUCAAGUACGAGGCCUGGAGCCGCAUCCGCCUCGACCGCCUCCUCGUCGAUUAUCUCUUGCGCCACGGCUAUAACCAGAGCGCCAGGGCCCUCGCCCAGGAGAAGGGCAUCGAGCCCCUCGUCGACCUCGACACCUUCGAGCAGAUGAGCAGGAUCCGGAAGUGCAUCCUCAACCGCAGCGUCACGGAGGCGCUGGCGUGGUGUACUGCGGGCGAUACGAAGAAGGAGCUUCGAAAGAUGGACAGUAACCUGGAAUUCAUGCUUCGCUUCCAGCAGUACAUCGAGCUAGUCAGGGACCACUCGACGAAGCCGACGGACAUCCUCUCCUACGCGCGCAAGUUCCUUCUCCCCUACCAGAACACGUACAAGCGGGAAGUCAUGCAAGCCUGCGGGAUGCUCGCCGUGCGCCCCACCGCCGAGUCCAACGUCUACGCGGAGCUGUACUCGCACGACCGGUGGGAGAUGCUCGCGAACCUGUUCACGUCGACGCACAACGCGCUGCUCUCGCUGCCCUCCGUGCCCCUUCUCCACGUGGCCCUGAGCUCGGGCCUCUCCGCCCUCAAGACGCCCGCCUGCCACUCCUCGCACCCGUCCUCGGCCGCCGGGCCCCCCUCCCACUCGACUUCCUUAUCCCUCGCCUCCAGCGUCUGCCCCAUCUGCAGCACCGAGCUGAACGAGCUCGCCCGCGGCGUGCCCUACGCCUUCCACGGCAAGAGCCACGUCGAGCCCGACCUCCUGCUCCUGCCCAACGGCCGCGCCUACGGCAAGGCCCGCCUCGACGAGUACGCCCGCAAGGCCGGCCUGCUCGCCGGCCAGGUCAAGGACCUGCGCACCGGGGAGAUCUUCGGCGUCGAUCGCUUGAAGAAGGUGUAUAUUACCUGAUUGUUAGAGGGGAGGGGAGGCAGAAAGAAGAAGCGGAAAGAGAAGCGAGGGAAAAAGAAAAAAAAGAAAAAAAAGAAGAAAAAAAAAGAAAGAAUACUGGCUAAAUUGGGAAAGAAGAAGUAGUAGUGGUAGUAGUAGUUAUUAUGACGAUGGCUAUGACAAGGACGUUUUUUUUGGGGGGGGGGGGGGGAAUGGGAUAUAGGUACCUGGGUAAGGUAGGUAGGUAAGGUAAUGGUUAUUAUAAUGGCUAAUGACACGGUGGUUCCGUACCUAUAUUCUUACUUUCAUACCUUUAAGUAACUUUCUCUCUGUAAUACUAUUUUGGGGGAAUAGGUACUUAUUCUUAUUAUGAUUAUUAGCAUCGUUAUUUUUGGGGGGGGAGGGGUUAUAGCGGCGUAAUGCAUUAGGUACCUAAGUUAUAUGGGAAUUUUAUGAUGACCUUUUUUGGGUUUUAUUUUUUUGAUAUAAGGAGUAGAGUAGGUAUUGAGUUGGUUUAUUAAGAAUUCGCUAUAUGUACUUAAUAUAUACUUGGUUUGUAAUGUGA